AUGAAGCUUUUCACGGGCCUCGUGUUCUGCGCCUGGGUCCUGGGAGCCAGCAGCGUGGACUUUUUUGAUUUCAUGCGCCAGGCUUAUGACGGGACUAAAGACAUGGUGAGAGCCUACUCUGACAUGAGAGAAGCCAAUUUCAAAAACUCAGACAAAUACUUCCACGCCCGGGGGAACUAUGACGCUGCCCAAAGGGGACCUGGCGGGGCCUGGGCUGCUAAAGUGAUCAGUGAUGGCAGAGAGGCUUAUCCAAGAGUCACCGACUUCCUUAAGCAUGGAGACAGCGGCCAUGGAUUGGCAGACUCACUGGCCGACCAGAGAGCUAAUGAACAUGGCCGGAGUGGCAAAGACCCCAAUUUCUUCAGACCUCCCGGCCUGCCCGACAAGUACUGA